AUGGGCUGCUCGGCCUCCAAGCAAGUGGCAACUAUUGAUUCGGCGCAGAACAACCUUACGACCAUGCAUCACGACGCGCCCAUCGCCAGCGAGGCGGCCACUGAAAAGAAAGCCGACGAAAUACCUGAGUUCUGCGAAGUCAUGCACCAGCUUGGCUACUUCGCUGAGGUGGUAACUGGAUAUUUGCUCGAUUCCGACAUGUUCAGCGUUGUGUCUCUUGAUGCGUCCGAUGCAAGCCGGAGGGCUACAGCAGCUGUAGACCUACUACAAUAUGGCCCGCCGCCCGGCCCACCACCAAGGUCGCCACCGGCCUGCAUACGCAUCUACGAGUUCUGCAAUCGCUACCCGGUCUUGGCGGAGAUUGGCAGGGCGGCGGCGGCGUGGGCUUCGGUACAAGUGGACAGCGUUUUCGUCCGCCUGACUGCGACGGACCGCAACGAAUUCUCGAUCGACGCGGCGUUCGUGUGCCAGAACGAUAUUGUGAUGCCGCACGAGAUACACUCAGCAUCUGUGAAGCAGAAGGAGCUGUACAAGUCGAUAAGCGAUCUCUGGCGCGAUAACUUCGCAUACGGCGCUACGGGCGUUGAUCACCCAGGCGACAUGGAGCUUCAGUGGUAUUCCGAUAACACCCUUUUCAUCAGAGGAGUUGAUUGGCAGCCGCAAACGAAUGUCGGCGGAGAGAAGCGCGCACUUUGGGUCCACCAUCUCAAGGAAAACUUGCGGUCAUUGCUUCAUAACGCGGAAGUUGCUGAGGCUCGCUCCACUCUCCGCGGUCUGGAGUUCAGAAACCGCCUCGGAGCAGUUCUCGGGGACAUGUUAAAGGUGAUUCUCACUUGGCCGCCCACGGACUCGUCCAUAGCCCAGCUAUUGAUCCACCUCGUCCACCUCGACGGCCACGGACCUUCGGGACGCGUUGAGAUGAGCGACAGGGCCGGCAACGACCUUACAAACACGGCAACGCACGCUUUCCCCGACCCCACCCUUCUACAGGACUCGGUCGUCAAGUACUGGACCGAUUUGUGCGCUACGGGCACUCCAGGCGUCGACCACGCGACGAGCCUUACCAUCGAGGCCCUGUUCGAUCUGUCCCAGGGGACCUCACACCCGGUCAAGCACCGAGUAACUGUCGGCUUCAGCGUUGACGGAGUCGGGCUCCGACCUCGGGCUACGUACGAAGACGUGUACCGUUUGCGGCCGGACGAGGAGCCUCGCACCGCGGCCCCUCCCCGCAUUACAUUCGCAGGUCUGCCCUCAUGUGCGGGCAACGAACAGGCCUUCUUUGACGCCUUCAACCCCGCACUCUCGCCCAUUCUGUCGGCGGCGUUUGCAUGGCGCCCCGCCGACAACAUCGCCAAGGUCGUGGUCAUGCUCGCCCACGUACCCACGCAUGGGCCUGCCGCUCGCGUCGCCAUCUUUAGCGACACCGAAUGUUUUGUCGGCAUGUCAGGUGGCACGCCGCGUCCGCCGCGUGCGCUGCACGAUGUCGUCUGGACGCUCUGGGCCAACUUCUGCGUUGCACACCCCAAUGACCUCCCCCACGUCCUCACAAUCACGGGGAAGCUUGGUGACUCGGCCGGGCAGACGAGCGCCGGAUUCGAACUGCACGGCGUCUGGCGCCGAGAGGACCUCACACCUGCCGACAUAUCGCACAUCAACAUGCUCUAUGGCUUACCGCGCGACGACUUCCCGUCCGCUGAUGGGGGGAGGUCUCCACCCACCACAGGACGUAACUGCUUCUCAUCCACCACCUGCAACCAACGAUCUGUAUCAGCGACCAUGGCGAGCAAUCGUCUGUCCCACCAGGGAACUAUUCUAUUGGACAUCCCGGGGCUGAACUUCAACUCUCCGCCGCCACCUUAUCCAGACGUCCAUGUUGCCCAAGCUAUAUCUGCAGCUGCCCGGGCUCCGCUUCCCAGGAUCCCGGGCGCGAACGUCGCAGCCCGAGACUCAUCCCACCCCGCACCCAUGCAAGAAGUACAGGCCGUUGCGAGAGAUGCAUCCCAGGGUUGGGAAGCGGAUGUAGGCGACGUCGAGCAUAUCCUCGCUUCUUGCACGACGAUCACGAUGGAGGGCCGCGCCGUUUUUGUUAUCGACCAUCAAUUUAACGUUGCGAACUCCGACGCUCCUGCGACGGCGCCGCCUUCGCCGCCCGCAGCAAUGACGCAGAGCGACGAGCAGCGGUCGCGGGAGUUCUGCGUCCAGCGCCUGGGCCGGAUUUCGUCCAACAUUGCUCGCCAGGCAGUCGAGUGGACAGAGCGGAGGGACGUCCAGGCUGUCUGGAUCCGCCUGACGGCCGACUCUCAGCACUGCGCCUCGAGCGAUGUUGCGUUCCUCAUCAACACCACCGUGGUCACACCGCACGAGAUACACCCUGACGUUCUCAAACAAGAGAACCUGUUCGUAGCUAUGAUUCAGCCGUGGCUCCAAGAUAUCGUGCUGAACGGCAGGGUCGGCGUUGACUAUCCCGGCGACGUUGUGUUCAAGCAGUCUCUGGCGGACAACACCAUGUCGCUCGACGGCAUCAACUGGACGGCCCACACGUAUAAGCAGCCUGGGCGGCGCGCACCAUGGCUAACCGCGCUCAAAGAACGCAUGGCGGCCCACCUGGGCCCGCCCGGAUCCAUUGUCAUAUUUCACCGCGAACUCGACGCACAGAACCGGCCGUCCGUGACCGCGCCAGCAGGACCCGGCCAGACUCAGCUUCUAUACAAGGGGAUGGCAGGCGAGGCAUUGGACGAGCGGACGGCCGCGUUCUUGCGCCGCGCUGCGCCUAUCCGCGCAAUUGUCGAGGCCGUCAUGGCUUGGCCCGCUACCUAUGGACGCAUCGACAUAGCGUCCGUCGGCCUUUUCCAUAUGCCGGGACAUGGGUCGACCGUACGCGUUGACCUUACGGACAGCUCGGCACGUCUCAUCUCAGACCCGCCCGCGCCGGCGCAUGUGAACCCUAAUGGCCUGCAGGAAAAGGUUGCGAGGUUAUGGGCUGACCUCUGUCGCCAGGGCACGCCCGAGGUCGACCAUCCCGUCAUGGUAGCCUUUAUGCUCGGGCCCAAGGGCGCGGGAAGCGUGUCCGAGGUGUCAGUCAAGUUGGUGUGGCACGAGGCCACUAUGCCUGCCCCGCGACGAGCCUUCGUCAGCCGAACGUACAACGCGCGUCCAGGUGACGAUGUCACGGGGUGGACUUCCCGUUCGCCUAACAGCAUCGUCAGCUCUUCGCGGACUAACACCAACAUCGCACCGCCCUCGGGAUCACAACCUGUGUCUGGUCCUCAUGCUAGCUCAGGAGCGAGUAACCCGCUCGCCACGUCCGUGGCCAAUCUUUCGCUAUCAGGCCAUUCAUCCCCGACCGCUCUCAGCACUAUUUCAGCAAUGGGCAGCCCUCCUGCGGUUAUCAUGACCAGCCCCGCCUUUGCGAGCCCUCCUCUCGGCAUGGCGAGCCCUCCUCUUGGCAUGGCGAGCCCUCCGAUAGGUACGACUAGCCCUCCGCUAGGCACGGCCUAUGCUCCUCAUAAUCCGGCGAGCCCUCCCCUCAGCUAUGGAAGUCCUCACCUCGGCAUGACUAACGCUUCCGCUAUGACUCCGCACGUUCCCGCCUGGACUGGGGGCACGCUCCCUCCCUUCCGCUAUCAAGGCAUGGGAGGCCUGAUUCUGGAUCAGAUCACCACCUCGUUCCUCAACCGCGCCAAGGCCGACAUCGGCGCUAUGCUUGCAUACAUCAUCGACUGGCCGCCGACCAUGCGCCAAAUCGAGCUCAUCUCCAUCGUGCUCGUGCACAUUCGUGGCCGCGGCGUUUCCGCUCGCGUCAGGCUUACCAAUCUCAUGGGCAACGACAUCACCACCUGGACCACCCAGCAGUACACGAAUUGGGGGCUGCUACAACAGGUCGUUGCUGAGCGCUGGGCCACCCUGUGCCGACGGGGAGUCCCCGGCGUCAACCAUCCCGAGAUGCUGGCGCUCACAGCCACCCCCAGACACACGCAGACCAUAAACGUCGUUUCGGCGGCGGCAUGCUGGGAGUACGCGUCUGAGGAGCUGGAGAGCUCUGUCGAGAGCAUAUAUGCAGAGCGUGCCGGCAUCCCCGUUGAUGCUGGUUGGGCGCCACCACCGGCGACGGCGCCAAUGCCACCCGCCCCUAUGCGUGCAACGACGAUGCCGGUACCCCUUGCCAAUCAUCCCCCUCCUCAGGCUCCAAGCCAUGGCCAGCAUCUCUGCAACAUGAUGAAGGAGAUCAUGACGUGGCCCCCCACUCUCGGCCGCAUUGACGAGCUCCACGCCUACCUUGUCCACAUGCGCGGAAAGGGCUCCACGGUGCACGUCCGGCUGUUUGACACGGCGGGCACGGACAUCACUGCGUCUACCAGCACUGGGCAUCAAGACGCCACGCUGCUGCAGAACCGCGUGGCGGGCCACUGGGCCACACUAUGCCGCGAGGGCCAGCUGGAGAUUGCCCACCCGCCGAUGCUCAUCCUCGUUGCCGUUCCCGCGACGGGCGAACUCAAGGAGGUCGCCACGCGCGCGAUCUGGGUGGAAGCCGCGCUUCCCGAGUCGGCACGCACCGCCGUGCAGGGAUACUAUGAAGUGCGGCCUGGAGACAAUACGGACCGCCGCGCGAGCGGGAUGCGCCAAGGAACCGUGCCCAUCUUCAUCUAG